AUGGCGGAGAAUUUCUUCGAGCUGAUGCCGCCUGCCCCGGGCGGCCUCGGGGCGGGAUUAGGGGGUGGCCUGUGCCGCCGCUGCAGCACGGGGCUCGGCAUCUCGGCCCCGCGUCCUGCCAGCGUGUCCAAGUGGGUCCGGCUCAACGUCGGCGGCACCUACUUCCUCACUACCCGGCAGACACUGUGCCGGGACGCGAAGUCUUUCCUGUACCGGUUGUGCCAGGCGGACCCCGACCUGGACUCGGACAAGGAUGAAACCGGUGCCUACUUGAUAGACAGGGACCCCACCUACUUUGGGCCUGUGCUCAACUACUUGCGACAUGGAAAGCUGGUCAUCAACAAGGACCUCGCGGAAGAAGGAGUGCUGGAAGAAGCUGAAUUUUACAAUAUCACCUCACUAAUAAAACUCGUCAAGGACAAAAUCCGAGAACGAGACAGUAAAACAUCACAGGUGCCGGUGAAGCAUGUGUACCGUGUGCUCCAGUGCCAGGAGGAGGAGCUGACCCAGAUGGUGUCCACCAUGUCUGACGGCUGGAAGUUUGAGCAGCUCGUCAGCAUCGGCUCCUCUUAUAACUAUGGGAAUGAGGACCAGGCUGAGUUCCUCUGUGUUGUCUCCAAGGAGCUACACAACACGCCGUACGGCACAGCCAGCGAGCCCAGCGAGAAGGCCAAGAUCCUGCAGGAGCGGGGCUCCAGGAUGUGA